GCGCUACCAGCAAACGUGUUAAAAACUCUUCGUGUAUCUGUCAGAGUCGAAAAUGGCGUUGAGGAGCGAAGACACUGCUAAAGAUUAGUGUUAAAAGUAGUGAGGUUGUAAAGAAUAUGUGUUCCGAUUUUUGUUGGGUAGUGUUGUGAUUGUUUUUCCACGGAAUAUGUUUGUUGUUAAGGUUUUAUAGUGCCAAAUUAAUUGUUAAUAUGGGGAGGCUGUGUUUUUGUUUUUUGUCUGCAUCGAUUCUCCUUUACUUUACCCAGACCACUCAAGCAGCUGAAUUAGUUAUACACAUACCUGGUAAUCUGGGGCAAGAUGGGGUAAUAUAUAGACUAGAUUAUUACCCUCCGUUUGGUUACCCCGCCCCCAAUACAACUAUAGCUUCGAAGGACAUUAGGGACGUCAUAAAAUUCUCCCAGGCCUUACCUGGAACAAAAUACGACUUCUGGUUGUAUUACUCCAACGCCACACAUAAUACGCUAACUUGGACUGCUAACUUCACAACAGUACCAGAUCCACCCUCAAAUCUAUCCAUAUCAGUGCGCAGCGGUAAAACAGCUGUGAUAUCAUGGAGUCCGCCAAGUCAAGGCAGCUUCACAAGCUUCAAGUUAAAGAUAAACCCGCUCAUAAACCUCAUAGACUCCAAACCGCAGACCUUGGCCAUAGAAAACGUGGAAACAUCAUCAUACAUCCUCAAGGAUCUUAUCCCUGGAGCCACGUAUCAAGUGCAAGCUUUUUCUGUGUUUGAGAACAAAGAAAGCGCUGCCUAUACGUCUAGGAACUUCACUACAAAACCCAACACGCCAGGAAAGUUCAUAGUGUGGUUCAGAAACGAAACAACGCUGCUGGUAUUGUGGCAACCUCCUUAUCCGGCCGCCAUUUACACGCAUUACAAAGUUUCCAUAGAUCCUGCAGAUGCGAAUGAUUCCAUUCUAUACGUUGAGAAGGAGGGUGAACCUCCUGGCCCUGCUCAGGCCGCUUUCAAGGGUCUUGUACCUGGUAGAGCUUACAAUAUAUCUGUACAAACGAUGUCGGAGGAUGAGAUAUCAACACCUACAACUGCACAGUAUAGAACUGUGCCUUUGAAACCUCUAAAAGUUACUUUUGAUAAGGAUAGAAUUACGUCCAACUCGUUUGUUGUUGUUUGGGAGAGACCUAGUGGCAGAAGUGAGUUUGAUAAAUACCAAGUAUCACUUGCCACAGCGAGAAAGUUGUCAAUAACACGUCCUAAGGAGGAUCCUACAUCCUGGGAAUUCAAAGAGGGUUUGGAACCUGGUAAAACUUACUCUGUGGCUAUCAAAACCUUGUCUGGGAAAGUAACAUCAUGGCCUGUCAGUGCAGAAGUGACUCUAAAACCUCUUCCUGUCAUGAAUUUACACAUAUUAGACGACGCUAAUAGUGGAGUCAAGUAUAUCUCAUGGGAGCCGAAUCCGGAGAGUACGCAGGACAGCUAUCUCGUGUCAUACCACGAGGUUGAGACUGCUAGUGGUGAUAGUAACACCAUCAACACCACAACCACGAAAAUAGAACUGGAAACGUUGCUGCCUGGAAGAAACUACACUGUUUCCGUGCAAGCUGUAUCGCGAGACAUGCAAUCUGUGGAGAGUUACUUGAACGUUUUGACGCGACCGAGCGCUCCUAUUAUAGAGGAUUUGAAACCCAUCAUAGACGGGCUGAAUAUCAGCUGGAAAUCGGACGUCAACUCCAGGCAGGAUAAGUAUGAAGUCCAGUGGAUUAGGAACGAUACUAAUGAUCGUAGAACGAAGGAGAGCUACGAUUCCAAGGUGAUUUUGAAGCAUUUGUACCCAGGCGCUGGGUACCUGGUAAAGGUGUUUGCCAUGUCGCACGGGUUGAGGAGCGAGCCACAUGAAUACUUCCAACCUGUUUUCCCCAGACCUCCACGGAACAUGUCUUUGGUGAAAAUAACCACAAACUCGGUGAUAGUGCAGUGGGUUUCGCCGGUAGACUCCAUAAUAUCCGAGUACGCGAUUCGCUAUAGAGGCGAUUCGGACAGCAACUGGGUGAAACUGCCGCCGGUGCAUAACACGGAAGCCGAAGUGUUAGAUAUGACGGCAGGUGAGAGGUACACCAUCCAGGUUAACACGGUAAGUUACGGUUUGGAGUCCAACGAACCGCAACAGCUCAACCACACUGUGAGGCCGAACCCAGUGUCCAACAUAGCGCCUUUGGUAGACUCUAACAACGUCACGCUGGAGUGGCCGAGACCUGAGGGUAGAGUGGAGACUUACGUGGUUCUGUGGUACGAAUCCAGCACACCAAACAAGUUGAACAAAAACAACGUAAGUCAGGUACACAACGAAACUGGACCUGUGAGAUUGCUGGUGGGCGACUUGAUCCCAGGGGUGGAGUACACUUUCAACAUUAAAGCGGUCUCAAACGAUCUGCAAAGCGAUGUAACCAAGUUGAGAACCCGAACCAUGCCUCUAAUACAAUCGGAAGUCGUCGUUGUUAACAACCAAUCAAUCGACUCGAUAUCUUUGAGGUACACUCCGACGCCUCAAACAACCUCCGUGUUUGAUUUGUAUAGAUUCUCGCUGAGUGAGGCUUCCAUCCCAGACCAAGAAAAAGCCGCGAACGAUUCAAAUCGCUUGGUGACUUUUACCGGUUUAACACCCGGGAGAUUGUACAAUAUAACUGUUUGGACUGUAUCGCAGGGCGUUGCAAGUCAACCGUUGCAAAGGCAGGAUAGAUUAUAUCCCGACUCAAUCACUAGUAUUAACUCCACCUUCAUUUCUGACUCGGAAAUAACCCUCACAUGGGCUCCGCCUAAAGGGGAGUACAACGCGUUCGAAGUGCAAUACCUAACCUCCGACGGCAUUUAUUUGCAAAACAUAACGUACCACAACUCCAUCACCAUAACCGACCUGAAACCGCACCGAAACUACACCUUCACGGUUAUCGUCAGAUCGGGCAAAAACGCUUUUCUCAGAACGUCCGUCCCGUUCUCCGACACCUUCACUACCAAAGAAGGCGUACCCGGCAAAGUCGACCGUUUCAACCCCGUCGACAUCCAACCGAGCGACAUAGUGUUCGAGUGGGCUCUACCCACCGCAGAACACAACGGCAUAGUGAAAAAAUUUACCAUCAAGUACGGCUUGGAGGACUCCUUUCAAACGCAGUUCAGGGACUUCGGUCCCAACGAUUUUAAGGGCGUUAUACGGCAGUUAACUCCCGGAAAAACGUACGUUUUCAGGAUUGUUGCCGAGACCAAAAUCGGCACCGGUCCGGAAUCGGUUUGGAAGCAAAGAAUGCCGAUUUUGGCGCCGCCCAAACCCAGCACCAGAGUUGUACCAACAGAGGUUUCCAUCAGCAGUACCACCAUACAGAUUAGGUUCAGGAAAAACUACUUCAGUGAUAUUUAUGGGCCCGUUGUUUCCUAUGCGAUAAUCGUAGCAGAAGACGACACGAAAAACGCUUCAGGCCUGGAAAUGCCUUCAUGGCGUGACGUACAGGCAUAUCCAACAUGGCCGCCAUUCCAGGUCACGGAACCUUACUACCCAUUCCAAAACAGCUCGGUUGAAGACUUUACCAUCGGUUCGGAAUCCUGCGAUAUCCGACAAGUCGGGUACUGUAACGGCCCGUUAAAGUCCGGCUCUACCUAUAGAGUUAAAAUACGCGCUUUCACGGCGCCCGAUAAGUUUACAGAUACAAGUUACAGUUUUCCCAUACAAACUGAUCAGGACAAUACUCCUAUUAUACUGGGUGUUACAAUCCCAGUAGUCCUUAUCGCAAUUCUUUUCAUAAGCAUAAUCGCCAUUAAAAAACGACGAACGGCAAAUAGAAAAGCUACUGAAGCUAGAACAAACGAUAACAUGUCACUGCCGGAUUCAGUUAUCGAGCCUGUAAAUAGACCUGUAAACAUAGAAAACUUUGCCAAUCACUAUAGAAUCAUGUCUGCUGAUUCCGACUUCAGAUUCAGCGAAGAAUUCGAAGAGUUAAAACACGUCGGAAAAGACCAACCGUGCACUUUCGCCGACCUACCUUGCAAUAGGCCCAAAAAUAGGUUCACCAAUAUCCUACCAUACGAUCAUUCGAGAUUCAAGUUACAACCCGUAGACGACGAGGAAGGCUCAGACUACAUCAACGCCAAUUAUGUUCCGGGUUUUAACUCCCCGAGGGAGUUCUUGGUAACUCAGGGACCUCUUCAUUCAACCAGAGACGAUAUGUGGCGCAUGGUGUGGGAAUCGAAUUCGCGCGCCAUAAUAAUGUUAACUCGUUGCGUGGAAAAGGGCAGGGAAAAAUGCGAUCACUACUGGCCUUAUGAUACUAUGCCUGUUUACUAUGGCGACAUAUCCGUUCAGAUUUUGAACGAAACUAGGUAUCCCGAUUGGAAUGUCAGCGAGUUUAUGGUUUGUAGGGGAGAGCAACAAAGGGUUAUAAGACACUUUCAUUUCACUACGUGGCCAGAUUUUGGCGUGCCUAACCCGCCACAUACUUUAGUAAGGUUUGUUAAAGCCUUCAGAGAGCGUGUAGGUGCGGAUCAAAGACCUAUAGUAGUACAUUGCAGUGCGGGAGUGGGUAGAUCGGGUACAUUCAUAUGCUUAGAUCGCAUCCUGCAGCAAAUAAACUUGUCAGACUACGUCGACAUCUUCGGUAUAGUUUACGCGAUGCGUAAAGAAAGAGUUUGGAUGGUGCAAACGGAGCAACAGUACAUCUGCAUUCACCAGUGCCUUUUGGCAGUGCUGGAAGGCACGGAACUGACCGGAAGUCCCCGGGAAAUACACGAAAACCAAGGCUUCGAAGAAAUGGUUGAUCACUUUCUAUCUCGAUGUAAAAACUUCUUCUGUGGUUCAGGAAAAUCUGGUGAAGGGAAAGUUGGUUUAGUUCCUGAUUUAGGCGUAUCUGAGAAGAAAAGAUGAUGAGGGAAUUGCAGAGUCUGGUAUGUAAUAUUGAGUAGAAAAAAGAAGAUUCCCACUUAGUUAUACCCAUGUAAAGGUAUAUGUAUGUUUAUAAAAUAUAACACUUAAUAACACUAUAUCCUAUUUUGGUUAGAUGAUAAGACCAACAUAUUAUGACAAAUUAUUAUGAACAAUUCAUUAACUAUUUACCUAGUUAAUUUUUUAUGUAUAAAAACUCAACUAUUAUGUAUAUAUAUAUAGCUUGUAGAUAUCAAAAAAUGUUGUAACAGUAUUUUACUGUAUUGACAGUAUUUAAUAAUAAAUACCAUUAGAUAUUGAAACAUUGUUAAUAAUUAACUCUUAAGAGUUAAUUUACAAGACCUGAUAGAUUAUUAUUCUGUGAUAAAUUAUGGUUAUAGAAUAAUUUUAGAAGCUAAAUUUUUACAAACUAACAAAUCGCUUUGUACUUAAUUUUAUUAUUAUAUGAUAAUAAAUAUAUUUUAUUUUA